GGUUAGGGCUCACGCGCUAGGGUUUGAUUGCGGCGGAGCCCCACAUUUUCGGGAGAGAGCGAGCGCUGCCCCUGCCGCCAUGCCGUCGCACAAGACGUUCCGGAUCAAGCAGAAAUUGGGCAAGAAGCUGCGCCAGAAUCGCCCAAUCCCUCACUGGAUCAGGAUGCGGACCGACAACACCAUCCGCUACAAUGCCAAGAGGAGGCACUGGCGAAGGACCAAGCUGGGCCUGUGAGUUUGUGAUCGAGUCGAUGUUUUUCCCGAGAUCAAAACUUUGUUAACCCGAAUCGGGUAUGGGUUUUUCUUUCUCUCGUUUUCUUGCGUUAUUCUUUGCUUGUGUUUGAUGCACACACUCGGGCAAUUGGCUCUUUGGCACUGUCCUUAGCGUCAAGUCCUGGAAAUAACCAAUGUGUGCUAGAUUGAUGCU